ACUCUCGCAGGAUGUUAUCGUUCCAACCAGGCAGGGUCCUUCCCGUCAAGCAUAUACGAGCCCCCUGGUCAGGCCCACACAUACCACACCUGCAACCCCCUGCAACUCGUUGCUGAUAGCAGCCCGGCACCCGACAUCGGCCCCCGCAGUUGACCGUCCCUUAGCGCAUACUCCACCAAAUUUCACGGCCUCUGGAUCGCAAAAUCCCAAAAUACUGACCCGCGACGAGUUCUCCAACGCCGCGUCCAACCGCGGUUUUGCGCCUGCCGAGCUCGAUCGUGUCUUGCGACGUGACCUUGGAGCUGCCUCACUGAGCUGCCUCACUGACACGGUACCGCGUCGGGGCGACCAAACGCACGAACGAUUUUGGCGACCAUUUCAUCACCCUCGUCCAGAGCACGUACGCAAGGCACGCGAUCGCCGAACCUACCCAGAAAUCCCACUCGCCCACAAUGUCCGCCUCAAUCCCAGGCAAGCGGGAGCUUCCCGAGUCGCGGUAUGAUCUGGGAACAUACUGGGGCCGUGUGCAGCACACGCUCGAGAUCACGGACCCGAGCACACUCUUUGCGGGUUCGGCAGGCCUCAACAAUGCGAAGCAGCUCAUCGCCAAAUACAAGCAGGGCGAGCUCAAGGAGAUGACACCUGAGCUAUGGAAGGCGAAGAAGAUUGUCGACUCGACGAUACAUCCUGACACUGGCGAGCCCGUCUUCCUGCCUUUCCGGAUGUCGUGUUUCGUGCUUUCCAAUUUGAUCGUCACGGCCGGCAUGCUGACUCCUGGGCUGACCACUCGUGGCACGAUUGCUUGGCAAGUUGCCAACCAGUCCCUCAACGUGGCCAUCAACUACUCCAACGCCAACAAGUCUUCGCCCCUGUCCUACUCCAAGAUCGCCCAGUCCUACUUCCUGGCGGUGGGCGCCUCGUGCUCCGUGGCCGUGGGACUCAACUCGCUGGUCCCGCGCCUGAAGCGCGUCAGCCCGUCCACAAAACUCCUGCUGGGCCGGCUCGUGCCCUUUGCCGCCGUCGCCUCGGCCGGUUUCCUCAACGUCUUCCUCAUGCGCGGCGAGGAGAUGCGCACGGGCAUCGACGUGUACCCGGUGCUCUCGGAGAGCACGAAGCAGUCCCUGGCGGCGCAGGGCAAGUCCGAGGCCGAGGGCGCCCCGAGCCUGGGCAAGAGCAAGAAGGCCGCCACGCUGGCCGUCAGCGAGACCGCGCUGAGCAGGGUGCUCAACAGCACGCCCAUCAUGGUCGUCCCGCCGCUGCUGCUCGUGCAGCUGCAGAAGCGGGAGUGGCUGAAGCGCAACCCGCGGCUCACGACGCCCGUGAACCUCGGCCUGAUCUUGGGCAUGAGCUAUGUCGCGCUCCCGCUGGCGCUCGCGGCGUUCCCGCAGCGGCAAAAGAUCAGUGCCGAGAGCCUGGAGCCCGAGUUCUCCGGGCGCGGGGGCGAGGGCGGGAUGGUGGUUUUCAACCGUGGUAUCUAGAGGCAGACGCAGCCGAGAGAGCGAGUGUUUCAGAAUAGAACAUGAAGGAUCCUCAGGGAGGAUGUGUCUCCAGGAGUUCCAUGUUCGUGCUGCUCCGGGCGACGACAGGUCAUGGUAAAUAUUGCUGUUCCUUAGGAUAGACACUCAGGGUCUGGAUGGCGAAAGAGGCGCGUCUUGAUACCCAUGCUUACAGGUCUAACUGUCAGACUCAGUAUAUGCGUCCCGCUUGUAGGCACUGUAGAUAAAAAUGGUAUUUAGCGAAGGACAGGAGUCAUCCGGAAAUGUAUCAAACAAGAGUGUCCCCGGAUGAAUGUCAUAGUCUGUACCUCGGGCAUAGACCACAAUAUUCUCUCAUCAAGACACUGCGCUGCAUAUGAGCAGCAAGGCGAUGGCG